UUUGCAAACACUUCAAAAAACAUCAACAACCAAAACCUUCUCAUAGAUCUUUGAUCUAUUGCAACAACAAUCACUUCCAAAACAAUCCCAAAUUGUUUUGUGCUUCAAUCCCAUUACUCUCCCACACACAAAAAAAAACUCACACUUUUAAAGUCUACUUCUUUGAUCAUCAACAUGGAGAACGUGUUUCGUCUAGUGGAUAAUAAAGAUUUCUUCGCUCGCCGUUGUAUCAUGGUCAAUGGCCCGGUCAUAGUUGGGGCCGGACCAUCAGGACUAGCAACCGCGGCUUGCCUCAGAGACCAAGGAGUGCCCUUUGUGGUGCUUGAAAGAGCUGAAUGCAUAGCAUCCCUAUGGCAAAAACGCACCUAUGAUAGGCUUAAGCUUCACCUUCCCAAGGCAUUUUGCCAACUCCCCAAGCUUCCAUUCCCUGAAGACUUCCCUGAGUACCCAACAAAGAAACAAUUCAUUGACUACCUUGAAUCAUACGCCAAACACUUCGAGAUCAACCCAAAGUUCAAUUCUUGCGUCCAGUCUGCAAGGUACGAUGAGACAAGCGGUUUCUGGCGGGUGAAGACCGUUACCUCAACCCAGUCGACCCGGUCCGAGGUGGAGUACAUUUGCAGGUGGCUCAUAGUGGCCACCGGCGAAAAUGCAGAGUGUGUCGUGCCGGAAUUCGAUGGCUUGUCGGAUUUUGGAGGCAAAGUUGUGCACGCUUGUGAGUACAAGUCUGGAGAAAGUUUCAGAGGAAAGAAAGUUCUUGUUGUUGGCUGUGGAAAUUCAGGCAUGGAACUCUCUCUUGACCUCUGCAACCACAAUGCCUUGCCAUCAAUCGUGGUUAGAAGCUCGGUUCAUGUCUUGCCUAGAGAAAUGUUCGGAAAAUCGACAUUCGAAUUGGCAGUUCUGUUGCUAAAAUGGCUGCCCAUUUGGUUGACUGACAAGCUCCUCUUACUGUUCUCAUGGUUGAUCUUAGGAAGCAUUGAGAAAUAUGGACUGAACAGGCCUUCUGUGGGACCAAUGGAGCUCAAGAACAUGGAGGGGAAGACCCCUGUUUUGGACAUUGGAGCGCUGGAUAAAAUUAAGUCUGGUGGUAUUAAAGUGGUUCCUGGAAUCAAGAGGUUCUCAAGUGGCCAAGUUGAGCUUGUCAAUGGCGAAAGGCUUGAUAUUGAUUCAGUUGUUCUAGCUACUGGCUACCGCAGCAAUGUCCCUUCUUGGCUUCAGGAAGGUGAUUUCUUCUCCAAGAAUGGAUUCCCAAAGCAGCCAUUCCCACAUGGCUGGAAAGGAAAUGCUGGGCUCUAUGCAGUUGGGUUCACAAGGAGAGGGCUCUCUGGUGCAUCAUCUGAUGCCAUGAGAAUUGCACAAGAUAUUGGCAAGGUCUGGAAAGGAGAAACCAAGCAGAUAAAAAAGAGAACCACAGCUUGCCAUAGAAGAUGCAUUUCCCAGUUCUAAAUAUGCCCAUUCAUUCAGAUUGACCAUCCAUUGACUUCAGUGUUUAGUUGGGGUUAAUUAACUCAUGGUGUAAAAAAAUAAAAAAAAACAAAAAAAAAAACUGAAAAGCAAAAAAAUACUGUAUAUGCAAAGGAAAGAAACAAACAGAUAGCACAGAGACAGAGCCCUCUCCAAAGGCCCAAGUUUUGAAAAUGUUUGGGCAUUUUGCAACCUGAGGAUGAUGAGGCUUCUUCUUCUUCUUUUAUUUUUUCUGAAGUUCCAUACAGGUUUUUUUUUGUAUCAUAUUAAUCCAAUGAACAAGUUAAGUGACA